ACUGUGACGGAAUUUAACAUCUCCUGGAAGGCGCAGGAAGCGGCUGCGGGGUUGGAGGUGCAGCAAACCGUGGGAGCAACCGGCAUCAGCAGCGGAUUAUCAGGGGAGCCAGAGGGUGUGAGCAGCAAUUAUGCCGCUGCUCCAUUCCCGGGAGCCUGUGGGUGGGACCCAGCUGGUGUGAGCAGCAGCAAUUGCUCUCCAUUGCCGGGAGCCUGGACGGACGAACGAAUGGUGACGUCCGAUCCAACAUCAUGCUCCCUGCCAGUGAUUCCGUGCAGCACGAACAGCAUGGCUACGGUCUCGGAGUCAGUGUUCAGUGGUUCGUUGAAGGUGGACGCCUGGCCGGAGCAGGGUGCCUGGCCGGCUGAUGUCAUGGCGUCGAUUUCUGAGUCCGAGUCGCUCGGUGUGGGAGCCAUGGCAGGUGUCAGCAUCUCACAAGGCGGAGGAUACGUCAGCAUGCUGACUCAGCCUUCACUGACAGGUCGAAGUUUCAUACAGGUGGAGGCAGCAGCUGCUGUUUCAACGCCCACUUUAUCCCAUGAUGAGAUCCGUUCGAUGGUGAUGGCUUCAGCUGAGGCUACAUUGCCCAUUCAUGAGCCGCCUCAACAAUGUAUGGCACCACCUUCGCCAGCCCAUCAUCAGAUCCAUUCUGUGCUGAACACUCCAGCCGCUGCUGCUGCUGCUGCACCUCUUGCUGCAUUGCCUGUCACUGUGCGCAGCGCGACUUCUCAGUCUCAUUUUCUCCAACAAGAAGCGCCACUGUCACUGAGAUCAGCGCAAGCAACACCGACACAAUCAUCAGGAGGUAGCACGCGAGACAGGUUGCAACUGGGAACCCGAGAGGGAACGCUGUACGACAUGAUUGUGUUGGAAAGGUUCAAGCGCAAGGGCUCUGCCAGCUGGUGGGGCGAUGACUCGAUUGCUGAGGCUCCAGCCACACAGCCUUUGAAAAGGCAGUGUUUGGUAGGUGGUAAUGAACCGGGUUUCAAAGCCCCUGACAGUGGUUCUAGCGGCUCAGGCUCACUCGCAGCCGGCAGUCGAAGCGACACCGUCGAUCUAGAUCUGCCCAGGACGAGAGUGCAAGCUCCUAACCCAAUCCCUGCCGUUGGAUCCGCUUUCAACACCUUUGGCUCUGCUGCUGUGAGCCGUCCAACUGCUGCUGCCACCGAAGGGGAAGCACUGUUGGAUCCAUUGUUGACAUGUUCAGCUCUGCGAGCAACACAAGGGGCAGCUGAGCCAGCACAUUCCGCACAGCCAACCCUGAGGGGCCAAGCGGAUGGCAACGGGCUGGGCCCAGAUCGGCCGCCUAUUCAGCGCCGAAGCGCUGCGGAGAAGCUUAGAAGACACCGGAUCAGUGCCGGAUUCAAGCGGCUUGAAAAGGCCCUGCCUCCCUCGUGGAUGCACCAGCAACACCAGGCAAAGAUGUCAUCUCGAACUGACAUGUCCUCGCUGUUAGAUGCUGCGGUGGACUUCAUCAAGGAUCUAGAG